AGCACAGAGUUUCACCAGCGCAGUCCUCUACUGCUGACUUACAGCCAGUGGGAGACUGUGUCCUCUGUUGUUUGUGUGUAUGUUAAUAAUUCGCCAUUUCAUCCUCUUGUGUGCUUAAAAUACGUGAAAUUAAGAGAAGGAAAUAUCUAUUAUUUGUGAUUAAUUUCAUUCUAAGAUCCAUUCAUCGUGAAGUGUUAUAAGUGUUAUCGCUGUUCGGGAGAAGAGAUUCGCUAUUUCGCCAUGGACGUCGGCUAGAGGAAUUCGGAUUAGCUGCCUGUGCUAUCGGUCAUAACAGGAACUGCGUUUGCCUAUAUGGGUGUACAAGUGGGCGUGGCGAUGGAGUCAGGAUUAAUGGGUGGCCUGGUUGUGGGCGUGUCCCUGGGCGUGGCUGCUCUUCUCUGCACAGGACUUUGUCUCGGCCUCUGGUGCAGGCGUCUGCGGGGCCACGGCGGCGACCCGAGUCCCGCGACCUUCCUGGUGAGCAAGCGGAAGGCGGGAGCGUACACCACGCCCGACCACCCCAUGGCUUUCGUCCUCCCCUCUAUCCCACAGAGCGAUGCCGGCAGCGAGCCCCACACGCCCACGCCUACGAUUCUCACGCCCACGGAGAGAGCCAAGAAAACCAGUGGCACAGGAGUGCCCACGGUUUACGGUAGACAGGAUGACGAGAACGCUCCUGUGCACAGAUGGGAGGUCGUGUCCCACACCAUGUGCUCGUGCCCGAUCCCGAACACGCCCCCGCCCUCCUAUACUCCGCCCACGCCCUACACUCCACCGACGCCCUACAGUCCGCCCACCUCCUACUCCGCCCCCGCCGCGAAGUGCCGGUCUUGUACGCCCGCCUACGCCCGCGGAGCCCCCCGCCCUCGCUCGGCUUCCCCAAGGGCGACGCCCCUCACACUGCCCCUCGGGAGAAAGAAGAGGCCGGCGCCCCAACCUCCGGUGCAGGGGGCGCCUCAGCUCUCGCCCACCCAGGGAGGCAACUUCGCCCACCAGCCGAUGCCACGCCCGCGCUCUGCCUCGCCCAAUACCUUCUUGAAGUCGCCCGCUACGCCCACGCCGCCCCCGAGGUCUAUCUUCAUGAAAAAAGGGGCCUGGGGAUUAGACGAACUGCGAGAAGCCCUCAGACAGGCGUGCACAGACGAGGGCGAGGUCAGGUCACCCACCUACCCUGACCCUGGAGAUGUCACGACCCCGGAUUCUAUUGAUGGCUGGGGACCCGUGUGGACGCCUGCCUCUAGCAUUGGCUCGGGCGGCGGGUGCGGUCUCGGCGAACUGCGGGUCCGUGUUCGGUACACAGUGCGAACGAGGCUCCUGAAGCUUAUUAUUCUCUCCGCUGACAACCUGCCACUGAGACUCGGGCCGGAACCUCUCGACACUUACACAAAGGUUAGUUGUGGUUCAGGCUCAGUGGAUGAAUACUAUGGGAAUCUUAUAGCAGUGGAUGAAUACUAUGGGAAUCUUAUAGCAGUGGAUGAAUACUAUGGGAAUCUUAUAGCAGUGGAUGAAUACUAUGGGAAUCUUAUAGCAGUGGAUGAAUACUAUGGGAAUCUUAUAGCAGUGGAUGAAUACUAUGGGAAUCUUAUAGCAGUGGAUGAAUACUAUGGGAAUCUUAUAGCAGUGGAUUAA